AUGCCAAACAAUCGUCGAAGGAAAUUAAGUCCAAGGCUUGUGGAUGUUAAAAGAGAUGAACAAAAGGAUGGAUCCCCUCAAUCAAAGCAAGUGCCUUCUGAUGCUUCUAUGUGUCAUGGUUCAUAUUCUAAUAGGGACGAUUGUAAUUAUAGUGAAUCUAGUUGUGAUAUAAUGUCAGAUGGCAUAGAAAACCUUAAUUUAGACGUGAAGCAAGCAAAAGACGUAAGGCCGUCGGCGUUUUUCAUAGGUCCAGAGUUACCAAAGGUUGAGUUAGGUUAUUUCGACGGUCAACCAAGAGGUUACUGGAAGUUUUUAAGGGAGUUUGAGACCUAUGUGGAAUCAAGGGUCAAGGAUGAUGGUCAACGCUUGCUUUAUUUGAUACAUUAUUGUAAGGGUAAAGCGAAAACAGCCAUUGAGGGUUGUGUUAUGUUGGAAGCCUCUUUUGGUUACAAAAAGGCCAAAGAAAUUCUAAAACGGUUGUUCGGACAGGCGCAUGUAAUCGCUCGGGAGACUUUAGAGGACUUAUUCAAAACUACAAAUGUUGAUUACAGUGAUCCUGAGCAACUAACAAAUCUAGCUAUUAGGAUGGAAAAUUGUUCUAUGGUUUUGAAACAGAUGAAGUAUACUGCCGACUUAAAUUCUUUAAUUACCUUAGAGAGAAUAGUAGGACUCUUACCUCAAGUUAUGCAAGCCCAAUGGGCGGACUGGGUAGAUGAAUUGACUGAAGAUAAUAGAGAACCAACCUUUGACGAGCUUACACAAUUUAUAGCAUCCCGCGCGAGGGUAGCUAAUAGUAGGUUUGGACGGUUAGCGAAUCGUCCGAGAAAGGGACACAACGUAAAGACAAAUUGUCACUUGCAAUUGGAGCAGGCGAAUAAUUCGAAAGAGAAAGCUAAAUGCAGUGUGUGUUCCCUAGACCAUGCUAUUUAUAAAUGUCCAAAAUUUUUAGCGCUUACCGUUCAAGAGAGAUGGUCUCACGCGAAGGUUAAUGGCAUCUGUUUUGUCUGCCUCAGGCAAGGGCAUAAAGUUAGUGAAUGUAAGCUGGCAAAACGUUGUAACGUUGAGGGUUGUGAAAGGAAACACCAUUCUUUGUUACACAGCGAGAGUGAGAAACCUGGUACCUCGAGUUGUUGCGGAUAUACUAAAUCACUAAUCAGUCAAGUGUGUUUAGGCAUGAUUCCCGUACGGUUGAAAUCGCGAAAAGCCGAGAUUGUGGGUUACGCUCUGUUGGACAACGGUUCUGAUGUGACACUGAUAAAAUCAAACUGUUUGAGGUCUCUCGGGCUGAGCGAAGACGAAGCAUCAGUGGUAGUUGAGACUGUAGGCGGUAAUAGAACAAUGAAGGUCACGAGUGCGCCUUUCGAGGUAUAUUCUUUAGAUCGAUCUGAACAUGUUACGAUUGAAGGAGCUCUGAUUGUAGCACGUAUACCAGGUCAUAAGCCAACAAAGUCAGCAAUGAACAACCUAGUUAAGUGGCCGCAUUUAAGUGAUGUACCAAUAGAUAGCCUAGACUCUGAAGAAGUUUUACUGUUGAUUGGUUGCGACAUACCAGAAGCACACUGGGUGUUAGACCAGCGGUUGGGCGGAAGAAAAAGCCCGUACGCUGUGAAGACGUUGCUGGGGUGGACGGUUUUCGGACCUGCGUUAUGUUCGGAAUAUAGGAAAAGAGUAGUUAAUCAUACCAGUAAAUUACAGACUUUGGAGAACGAAAUACGUAAACCUUAUGAUGUAGAGUUUUCUGAUGUUUAUUCAAAUGAUAAAUCAUUAUCAGUAGACGACAAGACGGCUAUAAGGAUUGUGGAAGGUGGCACACGCUUCGUAAAUGGUCAUUUUGGAGUCCCUAUACCAUGGAAAGUGCACCCAAAUAUGGGAGGGGGGAAUUAUGAAGUGGCAAACAGUAGACUACAGAGUUUGAAGCGUAGAUUGUUGAAAGAUGACAUUCUGUAUAUCAAGUAUACAAAUGGUAUUGAAAGGCUUCCGACUAUGA